UACCAUAGAUAAUAGUUCUAAGAUCAGCAGGUGAAGUAUAUGAAGACUUUCUGCAUGUCUUUAGAAGUACCAGUUCUUUCACCAUGGCCACUGCCAGCUUUCUGCUAGCCACCUUACUCUUGGCUUCAAGCUGCCAAGCUUUGCAAAAAUUCAUUGGUGCAGUCUAUGAACAUGCAGUAAUACUCCCAGAUGAGACCACAACACCUGUCUCAAAGCAGGAAGCCCUGGAUUUAAUGAAUACAAAUAUGGACAUCCUUGAAGAAGCGGUGAAGACAGCGGCACAGCAGGGUGCCCAUUUAAUUGUUACACCAGAAGAUGGUAUAUAUGGCUGGAGGUUUACAAGAGAAACAAUUUACCCAUUCCUAGAAGAUAUUCCUGACCCCAAUGUCAACUGGAUACCAUGUAUUGACCCUAAAAGGUUUGGUCCAGCUCCUGUUCAGACAAGACUGAGUUGCAUGGCAAGGAAUUAUUCCAUUUAUGUAGCUGCAAAUAUUGGUGAUAAAAAAAUGUGCAACAAAUCUGAUGUUGGAUGCCCAGAUGACGGCCAAUAUAACUAUAAUACUGCUGUAGUAUAUGACUCCAAUGGAACAUUAGUAGCACGCUAUCAUAAGGAUAACCUGUUUCUUGGAGAGGUCCAGUUUAAUGCACCCAAAGAGCCUGAGAUUGUGACCUUUACCACUCCAUUUGGAAAAUUUGGAAUUUUUAUAUGCUUUGAUAUCCUUUUUUACAACCCUGCUGUUGCACUGGUAGUAGAGCACAAUGUGGACACUAUUCUUUUCCCUACUGCAUGGAUGAACCUUCUUCCUCAUCUGACUGCUAUAGAAUUCCACUCAGCAUGGGCUAUGGGGAUGGGUGUAAAUUUACUCUCUUCCAACACCCAUAAUACAGGCAAGAAAAUGACAGGCAGUGGAAUCUUUUCCCCAGAUAAGGUUGUGCCAUAUUACUAUAACAUGAUGAAUGAGUCAGGACACCUCCUGAUCUCAGAACUUUAUUCCCAUCCUCGGAAUUCUUCAACAUACUAUCCUGUCAAAUGGAACCAGUAUGCCUCUCAAAUUGAGAACUAUCCUUCCAGUACCAAUGUAUUUAAUGGGUUCCUUUUUGCUGAUGAAUACACUUUUACGGAACUAAAAGAGUUACACGGAGAAUAUUCAGUUUGCCAAAAUGGCUUUUGUUGCCAUUUAACUUAUAGAAUAGCUGAGAAGCACAGUGAUGAGGUGUAUGUAUUUGGUGUUUUUGACGGUCUUCACACAGUUGAAGGAGAAUACUAUCUACAGGUAUGCACCUUGCUGAAAUGUCAGAGUAUGGAUUUGAACUCAUGUGGAGAAUCUGUAGAGACAUCCUUCACAAGAUUUGACUCAUUUUCCAUAAGUGGGAAUUUUUCUACUUCAUUUGUAUUCCCUGAAGUUUUGCUGACAAAUAUUCAUUUGGCUCCUGAUAUGUUCCAGGUGUUAAAGGAUGGACGUCUUAUAAGUAAAUCUGGAGUUUCUUCACAACCAUUGUUAAGUGCAACUCUGUUUGGAAGAUGGUAUCAAAAAGACCCAACUUCAAAGUGAUGUAGAUUCAAUAUUUAAAGCAGAAAGAAAUGUUCUGUGCCAUUUCACAAAUAUCAUAAAGUCUAUUGAUUUCAGUGAUAUUUUAUAUUCCAGUUUUCUUUUUUUUUUGCAUCUAAUUUUAAUAUAUUUUAUGUCAAUGAACUCUUACCAUUGUUAUAAGAUUUUGUGUAACAUAGGUUAAAGAUUUAUAAGUAAUAAAAUUCAUUGCACAUUCAAAGAAAUGUCUCUUAAAU